AUGAUAAGAAAUAUACUCAACAAACUCUUACGACGAGUCAGUCGUUCUAAAGAAUACAUUUUAAAUCGUUCCAAAAUUCAUAAAGUUAAUGUUGAAUUAUUAGAACACAAGAUGAAAGAAUUUAUAAUUUAUAUAAUCAUUUUUCAUGUUAUUUGUGGACUUGUCUACUGCGGAAGUAAGAACUCAGUUGAUGUAAAUCCAGUAUGCUAUUCAAAAUGCAUAUUCUUAUUGUGUCAAGAUUUUGCAAAUCCAACAAUAGAUCGAGUUCCAAAUAAUAAUAUAGACAUAGAAAAAAUUAUUCCUAAAUUUGCUGAAAGUGCAGAAAAAAUUUUAAAACAUUUGUUAAGCCAGAUUGACGAUUCGUCAAGGAUAACAAAUGCCAUUCUGGAAGGAAAUCCCGAAUCUGUCGCGAAGGACUUUUUUGGAAGAAUCAUCACCAAACCAACUUCAUGUGGUAAAGGUGGUCCUGAAUUAAACAACGACAUAUGGUAUCAAUACAAAGAGGGAUAUAAUAACGCAGUGCGUAAAAUUAUUAAAAUUAGUGAUUUGUCGUAAAUGAAAUGUUAUAUUUUUAAACUCUAUUAUUUUGUUUAUAAUUUAAGUCAAUACAUAUUUUUGUAAAGAG